AGUCGCGACAGAUGUUCGUUGACGGUACUCUAUUGCCUAUGGAAUAGUUUCCUUUCUUUCUGUUAAAAAUAACGUCAUUGAAAUAAAAAUCAUGUCUUUUUGUUUUAAGUUUUAAUCGUUUUUUUAAUCUUGACCUUUACGCAUGAAUCAUGUAAUGUAGACUUUAUUUUAUAUUUAGUUUUUUAUUCAAUUUAGUAUAAGGUGCAACAAAUGUGAAAUCGUUAUAGAAUUAACGGAGGUUAUACUUGGUUCGUUAUGAUUUAACUAUUUUUCUUCAAAUUUGCUUUCACAAUGGAUUUUGUGAAAACCGAGGAUCGUGUUUUAUUAGAUGAAGAAAAUUAUAAAACCUACAUGGAAAACCUUCAAAAAUCCCAUCAAAUUGAGAGUAUGGAUUACCAAUAUAAUGUAACUAUGGAACAAAUACAGUUGGCUAUGCAGUCUUCCUUAAAUCCAAAUUUAAUGCAUAAUUUCCAAUUACCACUGUCUCCACGACAAAUGUCCACACUUAUGUUGAAAACCAAUCACCUCACACGCACACUGAAUUUCAAUGAGAUACCUGCACAUUUACAAAAAAGUGAUUUAGAGCUUAUGAAUGAAAUAAGACACGAUGAUUUAUUAAAUCAAAACCUAAAUAGAAACCUAGAGUUGGCGAGAAAUGAUUUAGCUCAAAAUAUUAAUAGGAAUUUAGAGUUAAGAGCUGAUUUAGCACAAAACCGAAGUGUGGAGUUGGCAAGAAAUGACUUAGUCCAAAUGAAUAGAAAUGAUUUGGCACAAAAUUUGAACAGAAAUCUUGAGUUGGUACAAAACUUGAAUAGAAAUAUGGAUUUAGUUAGGAAUGAUAUUGAAAUGCAAGCAAAUUUACAUAUUGAUACCCAAAGAAUGGAUAUGCAGAACCCAAACAUAGAUAUGAUGAAUAGAAUAGACAAUGACAUUGCCAAUAGCCAAGAGGAAAGAAGGUCACCAUUAUAUGAUAGUCAUUUGCUGAAACAACAUUUGGACAGGUUUGAUUAUUCAAUGAACCAGAAAAUUGAUCAAAUAUUGGCACAAAGGAUGGAGUUGGGCCAACGUUUGGAUCAAAGACUAGGGAAUGGUAUAGAGCACAGGGUUGAGCAAAAUGAUUUGCCAAUUCCUUUUUAUAUAAAGCCAGAACAGGAGGAAGAUUUAGGAUUUUAUGAUAAUAUGAGUCAGGGGCUAGCCAACACGGUCAAUGGUGAAAUACCACAGCAGGAUCUGCAAUCGCCUACAAUUCAUCAAGACCAUAUCUUCUCAGUUUACAAUAACCACUUACCCAUACAAGCUCUAAAUUCAUUAGAAAUUUACCAGCGCCAACAGAACUAUAACCAUAACUACGCGAACGAAGUGGCCAGGGACAACCCUCAAAAUUUAGUCAUCCAUAGACAAUUUGACACCCCUACCUUUAACGAAGAAAUAAAAAAACUGCGACAAGAUGGCGGCAAAUUUGAAAUGUCAAAACAUGAAGACCCAAAGGAAAAUCUUAAACCGGAUGAAAAUAAGAUUUUUUAUUACGAUAAAAGUGAGAAUGAUUCUAGCGUGAAUAAUAAAAUUGAUGACCUCUCAAUGAAUAUCAAGGGGCAGUAUAGCUGUUUUAAAUGUAAGGAGGUGUUUCCUUCAAAGCGGAUAUUGAAACAACACGCGAAAAACUGUGACAAUGGUUUAAGUGUUGAAGACUUGGACAAAUUAGGGAAGUUCAGUUGUUCCCAAUGUGCCUACCGGUGUCAGUCACCUGCCAUAUUGAAAAUCCACGAACGAACGCACUCAGGGGAAAAGCCAUAUGCGUGUACAUUUUGUGAUUACAAAUCUGGACAGAAAAACAAUGUUGCAAAACAUAUCCUUGUUCAUAUGAAGCAAAAACCGUUCCGGUGUCAGUUUUGUGAGUAUCGAUGUGCACAGAAGAACAAUUUAGUCGUUCAUGAGCGAACACAUACCGGCUAUAAGCCAUUUGCUUGCCCUUUCUGUGAAUAUCGAACAGUGCAAAAGCCAAAUUUAGUCAAACAUAUGUACUUACACACCGAUCAAAAGCCAUUUAGUUGUGAUAUGUGUAGUUAUAGGUGUGUCCAAAAAACAAACCUAACAAAACACAAACAGAGGCACCUGAAUGAGAAAGAGGGAGAAAAAGUGGAUUUCAAAGUUCAAAGUAAACCCUAUAGACCAAGACAAAAGUCUGUCAAAUGCCCUCAUUGCCCAUACAAGUGUGUUCAAAAGUCUAGUUUAGAGAAACACCUCCAUUUUAAACAUAGUGAAGAAGGUAGAAGUGAUUUUAGUGUAGGACAAAGUGAAUUUUCCGCAGCUCAAAGUGAAUUUAAUGCUUCCCCAAACGAUUUUAGUGCUGAUAAAAGUGAUUUCAGCGCUACACAAAAUGAUUUUAGUGCUGACCAAAAUGAUUAUAGUGCUGAUAAAGGUGAUUUUAGUGGAAAUGAAGAGUUAUGUGAUACAAUACAGAAUUUAAGCGUUAAAAAAGAUACUCAGUUUGAUUGCGUUGAUAAAAUUGUUGAAUCGCUGCCGAUUCAAGCAUAGUCAAUGUGAUAUAAAAAUCCAAGAAAUCGUUAUGUAUUUGGCUUAUAAUAUUUUAAACAUGACAUAUGACAACCGUUCAAGUCUUGGGUUUCUAUAUCAAUACUUAUUACAAACCAUGGACAGUUUAUACAUUAUUUUUAUUGAAACAUUUAAAAGUUAAUUUUAAUAGUAACAAAAUUCAAGUAUGUGGAUAGUGUUUAAGAUUAUUAACUAUAGUUAAACAACUUAAUCAGAUAAAAUAGUGAUUAUGAAAAUACUAAAAAUAAUAAUUCUGUCUAUGGUAUGUUCCUGUCUAAUGAUCUGAUUUGGCUACGUUUUGUUGAUGUAGAUGGCGCUACACUUUUUUUAUAGAACAGGGCAAAGGGGCAGGUGAUACCGCCGCUUAUGGACUCAAUACCAGACGGCUCGCGAGUGCGUUACCGGCCUUUUAAGAACUGGUACGCUCUCUUAGUCGAAUUGGUUCGGAAAUAAUUUAGUGGGCAGCUGGUUCCAUAUAGUGGCAAAACUGCCUUGCCCCUAUUCUGCCUCGAGGUCCGGUGAUGAAAUUCAGCAGGUAUUAAUCUGAACAACAUUCAGUUACAAUUGAAUCCAUUUAAUAAACUCUCAAACACAUUUGAAAUUUCGCCCACUUUUACAUGGCUGGUCCAAUGGAACAACUUUGUUACUUUUGUCUAGAAUAGUUAGAUAGCUCCAUUAUAUAGCAAAGUUAAAAAUUCUGUACCACCAGUGUCGUUUUCUUUUGUACUGUUACAAUCGUACACGUACAUCACUGCAUCCUAAUUUAUGUAUUCUGUCCCACGCCGUUCUUAUUAGCAGAAGGAAAUUGUAAUUUGAGGUUGCAGCCCUAAUAUUGUCUUUUUUUUAAUUUUGGUACUUGAUAAAACGACGCAACGCAUUACGAGGUGGUUGUCUAUGGGCGUUGUCCCUCUGGUGAUUGUCUAUGGGCGGCGGUGUCACAUAAUAUCGGACAAACGAUAUCCUGUUACGUAAAAAUUAUAUUGCCAUAUUUUUAUGAAGAUAUGACAUUACACAUGUAAUAAGAAUUAUAUUGUUUCAAGAAAGCUGUCAUCCAAACUUGCUCGACAACUCACCAUUACACAGUAUGUGUGUUGACUAAAACGUCACCAUAUUCUAGAGCUAGAAGACCGGUAGUAGCUCUAGGCAUGAUGAGUAUGAGUAGAUGCUUCCAAUGGGAAGUCACUGCACAUGACAGCACCACAGAACAAAUUCAUUCAUAGCCUUAGGGCUGAAUGCAAAUUACCACAGAUAAAAAAUAUAUUCUAGACCAUACUAAUACCUACACUGGUUAUUACAAUAUUGGAGAGGUGAGACUAUUUCUUGUAGCGCCAUCAAGCAACGACAAAAUGGAGUAUUUCAAAUCGGAUCGUAGAUUUUGUAAAUAAUUGCUUGUGUUUUUUUAAUGAUUUUUGAACGACUCUGGCGCUUAAGUACUUUUGAGGUUACGAAAUGGAAAAAAUAUGACUUAGCUAUGAUUUUUUUGUGUUAAAGAAUAUUUCAUAGAAUUACAAUAGUUGUUGAGUGCUCCUUGCAAUACAAUAUAAAGAUUCAGAAAUAAUGUGAAUGAAGUACAUAGCUAAAAUAGGAAGCUUAAUCUAGUUACAUUAUACUCAAUUUAUUGAAUUGACUAAAAAAAUAAGAUGAAAUUUUGCAGGUUCCAGAUGUUUCUAUUCUAUAUCUGUGUACUUUGUUUAACAUUGUUAUGAAUUUAUAAAUACAUUUUUAUGUUACAUAACAUAAAAGUUGUAGGUUCAAAACUGUAAGAAAAGUAAGAUAUUAAAUUAUGGCGGCUAAAAACAUUCAACAGUUGUCUAAGAUAGAUUGCAAUUGUUUUCUCUUACAGUAUUUAAUAUGACUUUAAUAUUGCGUCAAAAUUAUAGAAUUCCAAUUUAUAGUGCCUAUUUCUUAUAUUUUAACUAUGAUUCAACCGUAAAUUUGAACUGCAUGUUAAUAUUGUUCAAAAGGGUAGGUUUACCGAGGGAAAUGUAAGCCUGCUGUAUGAUUAUUAUUCCUAUAAUCAUACAACAGCUGUACUGACUGGUAAUCUAUGAUAGAUUAAAAUUUUGCUAUAUCUGUAGUUGUGGAAUUCCAAUUUAAUUAAGUUUCCUUGAGAUUUAGGAAUUGGUUUAAUCCUAAAUCUACCAAAUUAAAUGACCGUUAGUUAAUGACCCUGAUUAAUGAUUGUUACAAGUCAAAGUCGUAGCUAAAUAUAAGGAAAUGCCAGUGCUAAGUGAUAAUGUACUUAAAGUACUGGACUUUUUGUGUGAAGCGCCUAAAGGCUGUGAAAGAUUUUCCAUUGUGUUACCAAGAGAUUUGUAAUUUACAUCACAUGAGAUAUUUUUUGUAUGAUUUUUUUGUAAUUAAAUGCCGCUUACCAAAG